GGGAGGGCGGGGUCGCACUGCGGAGGCUGGGAUCGUGAUCGGGCGGACGGGACAGGACAGGAUAGGGCCGAGUCGCGCUGGGCAGUUGAAGGAGCCGAACUGAAGAGGUUGCGCCCAGUGAAACGCAAACUGAAUUUGAAGGUCAAAGACUACAUUGAGGUCCAGUAAAUAGAGGACGAUCCCAACAGCAGCUCUAAGAUGGCAGGAUUCCUGGAUAAUUUCCGCUGGCCAGAAUUUGAAUGUAUUGACUGGGGAGAAAGCAGAAAUACUGUUGCUUCGAUAGUUGCCGGGGUGCUGUUCUUUACCGGUUGGUGGAUAAUUAUAGAUGCUGCAGUGGUUUACUCAAAAAGUGGAGAAAUGAAUUCUGCCUUUCACACAUGUGGAGUCAUGUCAACCAUAGCUUUUUUCAUGAUAAAUGCUGUGUCUAAUGGACAGGUCCGAGGGGAUGGAUACAGUGAUGGGUGCCUGGGAAGAAUAGGUGCACGAAUCUGGCUUUUUAUUGGCUUCAUGCUAAUGUUUGGAUCUCUCAUAGCUUCCAUGUGGAUUUUAUUUGGGGCAUAUGUUGUACCUAAUCCCUGCAUGAAGAAAUUUCUCCUAAUCAUUCUCCUCAGUUUAGAAAAAGCAUACCUCUGCUGGGAAGAUAUGGACAAAUGGAAGGGGGCAUCAUCCAAAGCUGCCUGGCUCCCUGCUACUUUCUCAAGUGUAGCAUUUGAAAGCAGGAGCUGCCUCAGAAACGUGUAUGCCAUGAGAAGCGAGGAAAAAGGAUUACUCGGUGGGAAGGGGAGAAGUGAAGUGAGGAAGGAACAUAUUGGAAAUAUAAUUGUUUCAAGGUUAAUGUGUAUCCAGGCCUGGCUGUGUUCUUUCAGAAUGCAUUAAUAUUUUUUAGCAGCCUGAUCUAUAAGUUUGGAAGAACAGAAGAACUUUGGGCAUAAACUCUGCCCAUCUCAGCACUGACUCAGGAUAUCCUGCACAUGAAUGAUAGCUACAAAUGCACACUGCUUUGUAUUGUUGGCCAAAUAUUAAUUCAAGUUGAUUUUAGAUUAAAUGUAUUAAAGAUAAUUUCGAAAAAGUCAUCAUUUUAUUUUAUGAACAUUUAAUAUUUUGUAUUCUGAUACUGCUUUGUGAAUAAUAGUUAUAUUGGGUCAUAUAAACAGAAGAUGACGCGCUGUUUGGGCUGAUAACUGUCAUAUGACCUGUACUCUAUUAAAUCCAUUGGAAAAAUAUGGAUAAUAUGUAAAAUGUAUGUUGCUACAAUUAUUCUACAAUUAUUGCUGCUUUGUGUUUUUUAAAAAAAUCCUUCUCUGCACCCCCGAAGCAUUGUAAAUUUGUAACUUUAGGUUGUGCAAAAUAUUUGUAGGGGUUAGUUAUCUGUUUAACCCUUUUAAAUUUUUAAAGCACUUAAAAAGCAUCGCUGUUGAAUCAGAAUGUCUGCUCCAACUCUGUUUUUAGUUGUCUGAGAAGGGACUGCCACUAUUAAAUAGGUUUUUUUCUUUAAACAAUAUUUAUGAAAUAAACCUUCUCAAUUACA